UGUCUUUUUUAUGUCUUUUAAACUCAAAUGAGUAUACUCUUGAGAAACAGGACAUUCUCUUCCAUACUGGGAUUAUUUUAAUAGCGGAUAAGGCUGAAUUUUGAACUUAAAACCUGGACAUUGACCACCUGGUAGCCCUGUUUGCUAGCCACCACCUGGAUGCCCUGCUAGCAGCCUGCUACAGGUAGCCCUGCUUGUUAGCCUGCUGCAACUAGCCCUGCAGCUAGUUACCACCUGCAUGAUCUAUUGCUACCUUGCUGCUGGAAUUACUGCUGCUUGCUUGCUAGCCGGUUCUUGGAUGCCCUGCUGCUACCCUGCUACUGGUAGCUCUGCUGCUAGCCUGCUGUUGGUGGCCUUGCUUCAUAGCCUGCUGCUGGUGGCUUUGUCUGCUAGCCAUCACCUGGAUGCUCUGUUGUUAGCCUGUUGCUGGUAGCUACCACCUGGAUGCCUUGCUGCUAGCUGCCCUUGCUAGCUACCACCAGGAUUCUGCUACUAGCUCCACUUGCUAGCCACCUUUCGGAUGCCUUGUUGCUGGCCCCACUAGCUAGCCACCACCUGGAUGCCCUGCUGCUAGCUUUGUUGCUGAUAACCCUACUCCUAGCCUGCUACUAUUAGCCUUGCUUGCGAGCUAUCACUUGGAAGCUUCCCUGCUAGCCUCCAUCCUAUAGCCCUGACUUUUUGACUCCAAGCUACUGUUCACCCCUGUUAAGGCUGUCUUCAACUAAACCUGAUCGUUGUAGCAGGCAAACUGGCAUCCUCCUAAUUCUGGGAGUGUGCAUGAUUGUUCUCAUGAUCAUGAAUGUUUUCAUUUUUUUGCAUCAACAAAGAAAAUUCUCGAUGCAGGAGAGUUGGAUGAACAGUCUGAGUGCAAAUCUGACUUCAGUCGAUCCUGAUCUUCAGAAAACAGAGCGUCAGGAUGUGUUAUACACUGAAGUGAAGAGUUUGAGUUCUGCAGUAUCAGCGCUGACAUCCAAACUAAAUGAUGCAGUUAGCAAUCAGGACCAGAAACAGACUGAAACAAAAAAAAUAUUAGACAAUUUGAGCUCAUCUGUUACAUCUCUACAGUCUGAUCUACAAAAGAAGCAGCGUGACUUUGAGUCUCUGUCGAGCUCACUGAGGGACCUGAAGAGUUCAGUUUCAGAUCUCUCUUCUUCUGUCUCAACUGUUUCUUCUCAACUAUCAGUCCACAUGAAAGAUGUGUCACAAACUGACAUAAAGAGUUUGAUGAAUAAUCUGAGUUCUGCAGUGUCAGCGUUGACGGUGCAGCUGAAUGAUGCAGUUAACAAGCAGGACCAGAAACAGAGUCAAACAGAAAGAUCACUGGACAGUCUGAAGACAUCAGUAGAGUCUGAUCAACAAAACAAACAACGUGACUUCGAGUCUCUGUCGAGCUCACUGAGGGACCUGAAGAGUUCAGUUUCAGAUCUCUCUUCUUCUGUCUCAACUGUUUCUUCUCAACUAUCAGUCCACAUGAAAGAUGUGUCACAAACUGACAUAAAGAGUUUGAUGAAUAAUUUGAGUUCUGCAGUGUCAGCGCUGACGGUGCAGCUGAAUGAUGCAGUUAACAAGCAGGACCAGAAACAGAGUCAAACAGAAAGAUCACUGGACAGUCUGAAGACAUCGGUAGAGUCUGAUCAACAAAACAAACAACGUGACUUCGAGUCUCUGUCGAGCUCACUGAGGGACCUGAAGAGUUCAGCUUCAGAUCUCUCUUCUUCCGUCUCAACUGUUUCUUCUCAACUAUCAGUCCACAUGAAAGAUGUGUCACAAACUGACAUAAAGAGUUUGAUGAAUAAUUUGAGUUCUGCAGUGUCAGCGCUGACGGUGCAGCUGAAUGAUGCAGUUAACAAGCAGGACCAGAAACAGAGUCAAACAGAAAGAUCACUGGACAGUCUGAAGACAUCGGUAGAGUCUGAUCAACAAAACAAACAACGUGACUUCGAGUCUCUGUCGAGCUCACUGAGGGACCUGAAGAGUUCAGUUUCAGAUCUCUCUUCUUCCGUCUCAACUGUUUCUUCUCAACUAUCAGUCCACAUGCAACAGCAGGAUGUGAAAAGCUUGAUGAACAGUUUGAAUGUUACAGUAUCAGCACUGACAUCUACACUAAAUGAUGGAGUUAAAAAGCAGGAACAGAAACAGAGGGAAACAGAAAGAUCCCUGGACAGUUUGAAGUCUUCUGUACAAUCUGAUCAACAAAACAAACAGCGUGACUUGGAGUCACUGAAGAGCUCAUUGAGGGACCUGAAGAGUACAUUGUCAGAUCUCACUUCUUCUUUCGCAUCGAUUUCCUCAAAACAACAAACCUCUGAGGAAAGAGUCAUGAACGCUCUGAAGGAGCUGAUGAAUAAAAUAAGUGCCAAAACAGCAGACGUCUCUGUGGCCGUCUGUAAAUCUGGCUGGAUCUUGUACAAAAGCAGCUGUUUCUUGUUCUCUAGUAAUCAACUCACCUGGUCAGAGGCACGAGAUUACUGCAAAGCUCAGAAUGCAUUACUCCUGAAAAUACAAGACGACGAUGAGGAGUGGGACUUUCUGAAAAAACAUACCAUACCCACAAGCUACUGGGUGGGUUUAACUGAUCAGACCACAGGACGGUGGCGAUGGGCGGAUGGAACUCGUUACAUCAUGAAUGAAGAGCACUGGAAUCCUGGGCAGCCGGAUGACUGGAGAGACCAUGGUAUGGGAGAGGGAGGAGAGGACUGUGGGGAGAUAACAUAUACUGGGAAACUAAAUGACAACCACUGCUCUGUCAAAAUGAGAUUUAUUUGCAGAGUGCAAAUCUGAAAUUCAAAAUGUCUGUGAUGAAGAGUGGUCAAAAUGACCAGGAAGAUCAGAUCUCUUUUAAAGUGGUUUGUUGCAUCACACGGUGUAAGACUGUUUGAAACCUCUCUUGCCUUUUUCUUGUGUUAACUUCAACUUUUUAAUAGAAAUAAAAACAUUUCACAAGUA